AUGAGUUCGGUAGUUAACAAAAGCGGUACUCGCUUCACACCUAAAAUCAGGCAAAGAAGGCCUGUAUAUGCUGCCCCUACAACUUUACCAUCUGAUUCUACAGCGCAGGUUCCAACACCGCCAUCUACUGUGGUUGGUGAAUCCAAAAAGGCAGAUGAAGAUAAACAUAGAGAUGGAGAUGAGAACGAUGUCACAGAUUCCAGUUCCAAGCCUAAGUCACCUGUAGAUGAAGCUGAUCCGUUAUCUAACACUCAGCUUGAGAAGGAUUUGAAUUCUUCACAAACGGGAACACAGUUACCUGAACCUGCUUCCGUGUCAGUAUCAUUUGUCCAGCGUCGCAGGUCUAGCAGAUUGGAUUCCCUUUCGUAUGGUACUUCUAUCUUUAAAUCUGGAUUUCUGGAUUCUCAAAAUAAUGCACCCACUGUUAAACUGGAGUCCCAACGAAUGAGACGGCUUUCGACGAUUUCGACCGGUAACAUCAAAAAGAAGAGGGUGAGUAGUAUCUCAGGCUCAGAUACUUCAUUUCAAGCCAUUAAAAAGCACAGAAUGUCUUCACGCUCUUCUAUUUCCCGAAAAUCAGGAUCAGCCCAACGGAUCAGUAUUGUUUCAAGAUUGAGUUCACCUGAGGCUUCUGUUUUACCAUCUGCGAAUCCCUCAUUGAAAAGGGAGUCCGAGAGUGGAUAUUAUCAGAGAACUGAUGAUCUAUACCAAACAUAUAAAAUUUCCACACUGAAAGAACUCCCAAGAAAUAUUGCUGAUGAGGAUUCUGCAAGGUAUAUGAUUGAUGAGAAUAGCUUUACAAUGGCUGAUCUUUGUAAGCCGCUGCUACCAAUCGGUGAAGUGUCUGAUAAUUUCCACCGUGCAAAAGCGGCGUCUAAGGCUAAAAUGGAGGCGCGUAGGAAGAGAAGGGAAUUAAGACAGGUCGCAAGACAACAGUUAAAACCUCUGAGUGAACUGUCUUCCGAAGAACAAGAAAAAUUGAAGCUGGAACGUAAAAAAGCUGCGGAGGAAAUUCUAAAUACAGAUGUACCGGAUGAGAAACCAAAUCAAACAAUUCAGCUAAAACUUAAUCAAGAUGGGGACAUGGUUGUUGAUGAAGAAUCUACAGUCGUUGAUAGACACAGAAAUGCAUCUUAUGAAAAUUCGCAGAAAGAGAGGUUAGAUAGCAAUCCAUUUGAAAACCUCUAUAAUUCGUCAACAUAUGGCCGCCAGAACUAUACAGAUCCAUGGACUACAGAAGAACUUGUAAAAUUUUAUAAAGCACUUUCAAUGUGGGGUACGGACUUCAACUUAAUUGCACAGUUGUUUCCAUAUAGAACGAGAAGACAGAUCAAGGCUAAGUUUGUAAAUGAAGAAAAGAAACACCCUUUAAUUGUUGAACUGGCCCUACGAUCUAAACUUCCUACAAAUUUUGAGGAAUAUUGUACGAAUGUGCAGAAAAAUAUCGGUACAAUUGAAGAGUUCAAUAAUAAACUGGAGCAGCUGCAAGUUGAACAUGAAGAACAUUUAAAAGAAAUAGAAGUUGAAAAGCAGCAUGCCAGAGAACAAGAUUUACAGCAGCAAUCUUUCAAAGAAAACGAACGUCUUAACCGCGAUAAGAAGAUCCAAGGUGGUUUGAGACAUGACAAAUUAAGGGCUUACCGUAAAUCUGAAAUCUUUUUGGGUACAAUUGAUGACUUAAAGAAGAAGAGAGCCGAAGAGCUCGAAGCUGGUGCCAAAGAAUGA